CCUCCAGGUGGCCAUAAUCCGGAUGCAGAAGCUGGGGUGCGAGGUGGAGGCGGUGUGUGAUGGGCAGCAGGCAGUUGACACCAUUCUGGCCACAUACAAGGCUGCAGAAGAGGCACAGGGCGAGACAGAGGGAGGGGCGGCCAGGCGCUAUGACGCUGUGCUCAUGGACUGCCAGAUGCCUGUUCUAGACGGCUAUGGCGCCACAGCGGCCAUCAGAGCAGCGGAACUCAACACCCGGUUCCACACGCCCAUAGUGGCGCUCACAGCGCACGCCAUGACGAGCGACGAGAAGAAGUGCCUGGAUGCCGGCAUGGACGCUUACCUCACCAAGCCCAUCGACCCCGCACUCAUGGCGCACACGCUGCUCACCCUCAUGAACAAGUACCCUCGCUGCUGCGUGCAGCAGACGGAAAGUAUAGAGGAGGGUGCGACAGAGGGGGAGAGUGCAGCUGAAGGUGCUGCUGCAGGGGGAGUUGCUUCUUCUUCUGCUGCGGCUUCUGCUGGGGGGGCGCGGCCUGCCACUGCUCCUGCUGCUGCUGUGGUGGUGGCCGUGCAGCCGUGACAGCCCCAGCACUGCAGGCUGCAAGCAAGCAAGUGUCUGGAAAGGGGGGAGAGGGGGUGAGUGCAGCUGAAGGAGCUGCUGCAGGGGGAUUUGCUGCUGCUGCUGCAGCUUCUGCUGCGGGGGCACGGCCUGCCACUCCUGCUACUGCUGCUGUGGUGGUGGCCAUGCAGCCAUGAUAGCCCCACCGCCCACCAGGCUGCAUGCAAGCAAGUGUCUCGAUGGAUGCAGGCAUGGGCGCGUGCCUCCCCAAGCCCAUCGACCCCGCACUCAUCGCGCACAUGCUGCUCACUCUUAUGGUGAAAUAUCCGCACUGUUGCGUGCAGCAGAGUGAAAGUAUCGAGGAGAGUGGGGCAGAGGGGGAGAGUACAGCUGACGGUGCUGCUACUCGCGGUGCUGCUGUUUCUGCUGCGGGGGAGCGGCCUGUCUCUUCUGCUGCUGCUGCUGCUGUGGCGAUGGCCAUGCAGCCGUGAUCCGUUGCACCAGGCUGCGAAGAAGUGCCUGGAUGGGGGCAUACAAUUUCUGAGAAUGCUAAAGUGCACCCUGCAGAGUGUCUGGAUGCAGGCAUACGGCUGCUGCUGCUGCCCGCCCUGCCUCUCCUGGUUCCUCGUUCUGCGCCUCUGGUGAUGGAUGGCCGUCCAUGCACCCCUGAACCAGCACAGUGGUGGGCGCCCUGCUAUGUGAGCCAACCAGGGAGGUGUCAACAACGGGGUGCAGCUGACGCAACUGGGUACAACUGGGUACAACUGGGUACAACUGGGUACAACUGGGUACAACUGGGUACAACUGGGUGUCAACAGCGAUGGCUUGCUCGGCCUGCUCUUGUGCCGGUGCUGUGCUUUCUCACGCAUUCGUGCUCAUCUCAUGCACGAGUGCUGGUUGGUGCUUUGCAGCCUGGUUGACGGAGAAGGCAUGGCCGUGAGAAUGAGAGUUAUGAAGGAUCCACGCCCGUCAGCACAACGGCUCAACAGCACCAAGUUACUAUGGUUUGGCGGCACCACGCCUCCGAAGCUCUGAGGCUUGGCAGCGGCGAGGCUUGGUUCACCAAGGUUUGCCAACCGGCUCGGUGGCACCCCUGCCUUGGCAGCACCACUGGUUCGGCAGCAACCCUGCCUCGGCAGCACGUACUCUGGCUUGGCAAGAGGCUUGGUGGUAGGGAUGGUGUGACACCACUGAGACGUGCUUUGAGGCACCUCAACACACACUCCAGCAAUGCUGACCGCUGCACCAGCAGUGUAACUGCUCCACUGAAUGGGCCUGGCACUCUCUGAAAGGGAGGAGAUACAGAAUGCAGGGGCAGAGAGGGGGAGGGACAGAAUGCAGGGGCAGAGAGGGGGAGAGGCAGAAUGCAGGGGCAGAGAGGUGAAGGGGCAGAAUGCAGGGGCAGUCAAAGGGAGAGGCGGAAUGCAGGGGCAGAGAGGGGGAGAGGCAGAAUGCAGGGGAAGUCAAAGGGAGAGGCAGAAUGCAGGGGCAGAGAGGGGGAGAGGCAGAAGGCAGGGGCAGUCAAAGGGAGAGGCAGAAUGCAGGGGCAGAGAGGGGGAGAGGCAGAAGGCAGGGGCAGUCAAAGGGAGAGGCAGAAUGCAGGGGCAGAGAGGGGGAGAGGCAGAAGGCAGGGGCAGUCAAAGGGAGAGGCAGAAUGCAGGGGCAGUCAAAGGGAGAGGCAGAAUGCAGGGGCAGUCAAAGGGAGAGGCAGAAUGCAGGGGCAGUCAAAAGGAGAGGCAGAGGGUACCGCAAGGUGAUUUGAAGCAGGGCAUGUGGAGGGAGGGGCAAGCAGGCUGGCACGUUCUGUGGUAUACGUCUGUGAAGGAUUGGGAGGAGAUUCCCUGUUGCAAGCACGUGUGCAGGGCGGAAAGCAAACUCCGCGGUACAGGAGUGCUUGUCGAAGGGUUAAGCAGAAUCCUUAUGAGAGAUCCGUGUGUGGCAUUAUAGUUGCGUUGGUGCCGGCUUUCUUAGGCUUGCUGUGGCUUGCGUUUGCUUGCUGUGGCCUUGUCUCUCUUCCUCACCAUCGAAGCCAUCAUCCUGCUCUGUUGGGAGUGUCAAUUAAUUUCAAUGAAUCCAAUGCCGAGCACCAU